AAAGGGAAUUUAAUGCAUUUUGCUAAACAAAUUCCCCUCACUUCAACCCCAUCCCAUCUCUAUUUAAAGGGACUUGCAGGAAGGGCUGAGUUUCCUUUUCCCAGGUUUUUCCCCCAAAAUGCAGCUGCUGGGGCUGUGGCUGUGCCUGGCCUGGGGCCGGGCUGCCUCCCUGAGCCCCUCGUGCCUCUCAGCCCAGUUCAGGAGGCCGGGGGAUUUCGUGCUGGGGGGUUUGUUCCCCUUUGGGAAGGACACGGUGAACCUGACAGCUCGCUCCGAGCCCACCCUGCUGCUCUGCCACAGGCUCUUCACGGACGGGCUCAUCUGGGCGCUGGCCAUGAAAUUUGCCGUCGAGCAGAUCAACAACUCCAGCCGGCUGCUGCCGGGGGUGACGCUGGGCUACGACAUGUACGACACGUGCUGGGAGCCGCUGGUGGCCCUGCAGCCCAGCCUCCUCUUCCUCAGCCACAACGGCACCGCGGCCAUCGGGGUGCUGUGCGACUACAGCGAGUACCAGCCCCGCGUCAGCGCCGUCAUCGGGCCCCACAGGUCGGAGCUGUGCCUGCUCACGGCCAAGCUCUUCAGCUCCUUCCUCAUCCCACAGGUGAGCUACGGAGCCAGCAGUGAGACCCUGAGCAACACGGAGCUCUACCCGUCCUUCUACCGCACGGUGCCCAGCGACAAGAACCUGGUGGAGGCCGUGGUGCUGCUCCUCAACCACUUCGGCUGGAACUGGGUGGCGGCGGCGGCCAGCGACGACGAGUACGGCCGCAGGGCCCUCACCCUCUUCCUCAGCGUGGCUGCCACCAGCAACAUCUGCAUCGCCUUCGAGGGGCUCAUCCCCACGGAGCUGGCCGAGCCCGGCGCCAGCACGCAGCUGGAGAACACAAUUAAGUUAAUUAACAGCACCAAAGUCAACGUCAUUGUGCUGUUUGCGCACAGCCAGCCUGCCCAGGCCCUGCUGGAGCGCAGCCUCAGCAUGGGGCUGGGCAAGAAGGUCUGGGUCGGCACCGAGACCUGGAUGCUGUCGGAUGUGGCCGCCUCCACGCCCGGCAUCCGGAGCGUCGGGACGGUGCUGGGCUUUGUCAUGAGGACGGGCACGGUGCCUGGCUUCCAGGAGUACGUGGAGGAGCUCUUCAGCUCCGUCACCCAGCAGGAGUUCUGCCGGCGCUCCAGGGAGCUGGGCCGCCGCAUGAACGCCGAGGUGCUGGACACGCAGUGCCGGCAGUGCGCCAACGUCACCCUCCAGGACAUCUGGCCCAUGCUGGGGGUGACAGCGGUGCAGCCCGUGCACGUGGCCGUGUACAGCAUCGCCCACGCCCUGCACAGGGCCCUGGGCUGCACCUCCAAGGGCUGUCCCAAAACACCCAUCAGGUCCUGGCAGCUGCUGCACUUCAUGAACACCCUCCCGUUCGAGGUGAACGGCCAGAGCUUCAGGUUUGAUCAAUCCCACAGCACCAACACGGGGUACAAACUCAUCUCGUGGGCCUGGAGGGACGAUGGCACCCUCACCUACCUGCCCGUGGGCGACUAUGACCAGUCCCUGUACAUCCGCCAGUCCCAGAUCCCCUUCCACACCACAGACAAGAAGGAGCCCACAUCCGAGUGCUUCAGGCGCUGCCAACCAGGACAAGUGAGAAGAAUAAAAGGAUUCAACCUCUGCUGCUAUGACUGCACAGACUGCGCAGAAAACACCUUCUGGAGCAGCACAGACAGCACCAGCUGCUCGCCGUGCCCGCGGCACCAGUGGGCCCCGGCGCGCAGCACGCGCUGCCACCCGCGCAGCGAGCGCUUCCUCUUCUGGGACGAGCCCCUGGCCGUGGCCCUGCUGACCCUGACGGCCCUCACGGCGGGCCUGAGCUGCGUGGCAGCGCUGCUGUUCCUGAGGCACCUGCAGAGCCCGCUGGUGCAGCUGGCAGGAGGUGCCAGGAGCCUCCUCGGCCUGCUCUGGCUGCUGCUGCAGAGCCUCAGCUGCUGCCUGUACGUGGGCAGGCCCAGCACGGCCCUGUGCUGCCUGCAGCAGCUCUCCUACGCCCUGUGCCUCAACGGCUGCUUCUCCACCUUGCUGCCCAAGGCCCUGGAGAUCACCCUGGUGACAGAAUUCCCCCGCUGUGCCCCCAGGCUGCUGCGCUGGGUGACCCACGGCAGGGCCUGGCUAACGGUGGCCGCGUCCGUCACCGUCCAGGCCUUGCUCUGCUUGUGCCACCUCCGCCUGGGCCCUGACUACCUGGUGGCUGACUACGAAUCGCUGCCCAGCGAGGUGCUGCUGGUGUGUGGCACCCAGUCCUGGGCAGCCUUUGCCCUCCUGCACGGCUACAACAGCUGCCUGGCCUUCGCCUGCUUCCUGUGCACCUUCAUGGUGCAGAGCCCGGCCAGGAGGUACAACGUGGCCAGGGGCAUCACCUUCGCCACCCUCAUCUAUUUCAUCGUCUGGAUCUUCUUCGUGGUGAUGUUCGCCACGCUCAGGACGGUGCUCAGGGCUGUCACGCAGAUUUGCACCAUCCUGGCCACCACCCUGGGCAUCUUGGCCGCUUACUUCGUGCCCAAGUGCUACAUCUUGGUGUUCAGGCCCGAUCUGAACACGGCGGAUUAUUUCCAGAACCUCUCUGAGGAGCAGCCACAGGACAGACAAUGAAGCACGCCCUGCUCCUCAUAGAAGUUGGAUUUUAAGGAGAAAAUCCUGUUUAUGAGCAUUCUGUGGGCCCAGGAACAAUCACAUCUGAGCUAGAGCUGUGGAAGGACAGGGCUCAGCAAGCCCAGAGCAGCCUCCAUCCUGUCUGGAAACAUCUCAGCCCCAAAAUGGAGCCAAAAUGAGGUGUAGUUACUGAAAGAACCUCCAGAAAUGGAAUUUUACACCAAUCCCUCAAGUCUGGCAAUGUCAGUCACCAACAGCACUUCCCUGUAAACACUUGUGGUAAUUUCCUUUUCUUAUUAAUUAACAGCUCCAGAGACAGAUCCAGGAAUCCUCUCCCCAUCCUUGUAAGAGUUGUCAAACCCAUCCAAUAAAAGAGAAGCAAAAGGAACAUUCUGGCAGGUGCCAGCAGCGGUGUGGGUGGCACAAAAGGGGCACUGCCCUUCACUUAAAUUCUGAUCAUUUAAUAUUCACUUCAAUUCUGACAAUAUUCACUUAAUUUUUGACCAUUUAAUAUUCACUUCAAUUCUGAUUAUUUAAUAUUCACCUAAAUUCUGACAAUUUAAUAUUCACUUAAUUUCUGAUCACUUAAUAUUCACCUAAAUUCUGACAAUUUAAUAUUCACUUAAAUUCUGACAAUAUUCACUUAAUUUUUGACCAUUUAAUAUUCACUUAAAUUCUGAUUAUUUAAUACUCACCUAAAUUCUGAUCAUUUAAUAUUCACUCAAAUUCUGACAAUAUUUACUUAAAUUCUGACCAUUUAAUAUUCACUUCAAUUCUGAUUAUUUAAUAUUCACCUAAACCUGACCAUUUCAUAUUCUCCUCACUGGCAAAUGCAGGGAUUCAUGGAUUUAAAUGAUGUUUCACUCUCCCCUUGCUGUGUGCUCUGUGCCAGCUGGGAAGCAGGAAUCUGCUUCACCAAGCUGUGCUUGUUCUUUUUAUUUAAGCUGCAAAAUUAGAAUAAUUUAGGCUGGAAAAACCUUUAAAUCUGAGUGCAGCUGAGCCCCUCAGAGCCUGCAGGGUGUCCUGACAAACCCAAGGCUCAGCAGAGUUUACACAGGGUAAAAUAAAUUAUUUUUUGGGAAAAAAUAAUGCAGAUUUUUGUGUCACUGUUCAAUAUUUGGGAAAUCUCAUUUUUGUUCCUCUGAGGAAACAGAGCUGGCAAAGAUUCAGACCUGACCUUCAGCCCAGCACAGGAGGAAAAUGUAGAUUUUUCUGUCACUGUUCAAUAUUUGGGAAA